UCACCUUCCCCCCGUCACCUCACACCACCACAGAGAGCUAAGCGCAUUCGCAUCUUGAGCACAGACACCCACCCUAGCUUGUCGAUCAGUCGAGGCAGCGACGAUGGCCAAGGACAUCGAGGCGGCGCCCCCCGGAGGGGAGUACGGAGCCAAGGACUACUCUGACCCGCCGCCGGCGCCGCUCUUCGACGCCGAGGAGCUGACUAAAUGGUCCCUGUACCGCGCGGUCAUCGCCGAGUUCGUGGCCACGCUGCUCUUCCUCUACAUCACCGUGGCCACUGUCAUCGGGUACAAGCACCAGGCGGACCCCGCCGGCCCCAAUGCUGCCGACGCGGCCUGCAGCGGCGUCGGCAUCCUCGGCAUCGCCUGGGCGUUCGGCGGCAUGAUCUUCGUGCUCGUCUACUGCACUGCCGGGGUUUCCGGUGGCCACAUCAACCCGGCGGUGACGUUCGGGCUGUUCCUGGCGCGGAAGGUGUCGCUGGUGCGCGCGCUGCUCUACAUCAUCGCGCAGUGCCUGGGCGCCAUCUGCGGCGUCGGGCUCGUCAAGGGGUUCCAGAGCGCCUUCUACGUGCGCUACGGCGGCGGCGCCAACGAGCUCAGCUCCGGCUUCUCCAAGGGCACCGGCCUCGCCGCCGAGAUCAUCGGCACCUUCGUGCUCGUCUACACCGUCUUCUCCGCCACCGACCCCAAGCGCAGCGCCCGUGACUCCCACGUCCCGGUGCUGGCUCCUCUGCCAAUCGGCUUCGCGGUGUUCAUGGUGCACCUGGCCACUAUCCCGAUCACCGGCACCGGCAUCAACCCGGCAAGGAGCUUUGGAGCUGCCGUGAUCUACAACAACGAGAAGGCCUGGGAUGACCACUGGAUCUUCUGGGUGGGGCCAUUCAUCGGGGCCGCCAUCGCCGCCGCCUACCACCAGUACGUCCUGAGGGCCAGCGCCACCAAGCUCGGCUCGUCUGCCUCCUUCGGCAGGAACUAGAUCGGCCGACUGCAGUAUGGAUGAUCGGAAGCACGGACAGUAGAUAUAUCAGUGUGAUACUGUUCGGGUGAUGUAUUGUGCACGCGUCUGUAUUUUCUUAGACGCGUUUGGGUGUCUUCAAAAUUUCUCUACAAUUGCACUAAAUUCGAAGGACU